AAAUAGAUAUGAAGACAAGAAAAUUUAUACUUAUUCUGGGAUUGUCUUGAUCGCCACAAAUCCAUUCGCUCGUGUUCCCUUAUACGAACCUGAAAUUAUUCAAAAAUAUUCUGGAAGUAAAAGAGAGGACCUUGAACCUCAUUUAUUCGCCAUUGCUGAAGAUGCAUAUAGAUGCAUGAUCCGCGAUAACGAAAAUCAAACCAUCAUUGUUUCUGGUGAAAGUGGUGCUGGUAAAACUGUCAGUGCAAAGUAUAUUAUGCGCUACUUUGCAACAGCCGAUGAUAAAGAGAUCACCAGCAAACAGGCAAAAGGAGACAGUAUGACGGAAGUGGAAAAACAAAUCUUAGCCACCAAUCCCAUCAUGGAAGCCUUUGGUAACGCUAAAACUACACGUAACGAUAACUCUUCGAGAUUCGGUAAAUACAUAGAAAUUCAAUUCGACAAGCAACGAAAUAUCGUCGGUGCAAAAAUCAGAACCUACUUAUUGGAAAGAUCUCGUCUCAUCUUCCAACCCGAAACCGAAAGAAACUACCAUAUUUUUUAUCAGCUCUGUGCAGGUGCAACAGAAACUGAAAAGCAAGAAUUGGCGCUGAAGCCUUGGUCUGAUUUUCAUUAUUUAAAUCAAAGCGGAACAGGUGUCAUUCCUUCUGUGGAUGAUGCUCACGAAUUUGGAGAAACUCGUUCAGCUUUAAACACUAUCGGUAUUGAUCCAGAAACACAAACUGAAAUUUUCAAGCUUUUAGCGGCCCUUCUGCAUUUGGGCAACAUUGAAAUCGGUGGCAGAAAUGAUGCUACAGUGCCAGAGGGAGACCCUUCUUUGGCGAAGGCUACCGAGCUUUUAGGCUUGGACGCAUCCGAGUUCAAAAAAUGGAUUGUGAGGAAACAAAUCAUCACUCGUUCGGAGAAGAUCGUGUCCAAUUUGUCUCCUACACAAGCUCACGUUGUACGCGACUCAGUUGCUAAAUACAUAUACGCCAACUUGUUUGAAUGGUUGGUGAAGAAUAUCAACGAGAGUUUAUCGUGUUCUCAGAUUGACCAAGUAGCGAGUUUCAUUGGUGUGCUUGAUAUUUACGGUUUUGAACAUUUCAAGAAGAACUCUUUCGAACAGUUUUGUAUCAACUAUGCAAAUGAGAAACUGCAACAACAAUUCAACCAACAUGUUUUCAAAUUAGAACAAGAAGAAUACGUCAGAGAAGAGAUUGAUUGGAAGUUUAUUGCUUUCAGUGAUAAUCAGAAAUGUAUAGAAAUGAUAGAAGCAAAGAUGGGUGUCUUGUCACUCCUGGAUGAAGAAUCCCGUUUACCAUCUGGUACUGAUCAAGGCUUUUGUAAUAAGCUUUACCAAAAUUUUGGAGCCACCCCUCAAUACCAAGACUAUUUCAAGAAACCACGAUUUUCCAACAAUGCUUUUGUCGUCGCUCAUUAUGCUCACGAUGUACAAUAUGAGGCAGAAGGCUUUUUGGAUAAAAACAAAGAUACUGUUCCGGAAGAACUUUUAAGUCUGCUUCAAGCCUCCAAAUCUCAGUUCUUGGCAAAUAUGGUACAGCCUGUCAGCCCACCAUCUACUCCUACUCUGGAGCAAACACCAAGAAAGAGUAUGAGUCAAACAAAGAAGCCUACAUUAGGUUCUAUUUUCAAGUUGUCAUUGAUCAAUUUGAUGGAUACCAUUGGGGAAACAAAUGUCCACUAUAUUCGUUGUAUUAAGCCAAACGAAGCCAAAGUUGAAUGGGUCUUUGAACCAAACAAUGUAUUGGCUCAAUUGCGUGCUUGCGGAGUUUUAGAAACGAUUCGCAUCAGUUGUGCAGGUUAUCCUACUCGAUGGACAUAUGCUGAAUUUGUAGACAGAUAUUAUUUAUUGAUUGAUUUUGCUUCAAGAAAUCCUCAAUCCAACCCUGAUGUCAAGUCUAUCUGUUCAAAAAUAUUAAAUGCAACUAUUAACAAUCCAGAUAAGUAUCAGAUUGGCCUUACCAAGAUUUUCUUCCGUGCGGGACAGCUUGCUUAUAUGGAAAAACUAAGAAAUGACAAGUUGAAUGCGGCUGCUCUUACAGUUCAAAAGAAUAGCCGUCGCUUCCUUGCACGCUUGCAUUACACAAGAGCUCAAAAGGCUAUUGUCAUGUUGCAAAGCAUUGCUCGUCGAAGAAUAGCCGUUGGUGAGAUGGAACGUCUGCGUAGAGAAAAGGCUGCUAUUACCAUUCAAACUAACUGGAGGAGGCACGUCGCCAGAAACAAGUUUGUAAAGACUAGAGAAGCUGUUAUCAAGAUACAAUCAGUCGCACGUGGUUUAUUGGCUAGAAGAAAAUAUGCAGAAAUAAAACGCGACUACGCAGCUACUCUUAUUCAGAAGAUUGCUAGAGGAUGGCUAGCUCGCAAACAAUACCAAAUGAAACGAAACUAUAUCAUUCACGUACAAACUUGUAUUCGACAACGUCAAGCUCGUCGUCAAUUAGCGGUUCUCCGUGCGGAAGCUAGAUCUGUUAGCCAUUUAAAGGAAGCCUCGUACAAAUUAGAAUCCCGCGUCGUCAAUCUAAUCCAAAACCUCACACAACAACGCGAAGAAAAAUCGCGUCUCAAGCUAAAGGCUAUUGAACUAGAGAAUCAAGUUCGUACAUGGAUUGAAAAAUACGAGCGCUUAGAUCAAAAAGCAAAAGACAUUGAGAAUACUAUUGGCAAACCAGCCAAUCAGCAGCAACAGAAUGAUGAUACUCAGGAUCGCUGGUCUGCAUUAAGGAAACAGCGUGAAACACUUCAACAAGAAUAUUAUAACUCGCUCAACAAGAUUAAAACUCAAGAUAAGGAAUUGAUGCGUCUAAAAGAAGAGUUGUUACAACAGCGUGAUGAUGUCGCUAAAUUAAGAAUGGUUUCUAAGAAUAAUACAUUCAAGAAGACUUCAGACAUAGAUAUUAGUGAACUCAAAAAUCAAAUCUCAGCUUUGAAAGCAGCUACCGAACAUAAAGUGUUUGUACAGUAGUACUGCUUCUACUACUAUGUAGUUUUCUCCUUUCACUUCAAACUAAUUAUCUUACUCUAACGUUUAUUAUAAUAUUUUUUUUUUUUUUUUUGCUUUUUAUAUGUCUU